GACACCGACAUCGUGGUGUGGGACAUUGUGGCGGAGAGCGGCCUCGCGCGGCUAAGGGGCCACGUCGACCAGGUCACCGCCCUGCUGCUCUGGGAGGGCGACGGGCUCGGCGGCGGCGGCGCGGCCCAGGCGCACCCGCGCGUCGUGAGCGCCUCCAAGGACCGCUUCGUCAGGAUCUGGUCGGUGGAGCUGCAGCUGUGCCUCCAGGUGCUUCCCGAGCACCAGGGAGAGGUGUGGUCCCUGGCCCUCAACGCCGCCCAGACGCGCCUGGCCGCUGGCUCCGCCGACGGGUUCCUGCGCCUGUGGGCGCUCGACGCCGCGGCGCAGAGUGCGGCAG